AUGCUAAAUCAGGUAAAAGGUUGUUCGCCAGUACUUGAAAUGACUGGUCCUGGAAGAACGACUGUUUUUUUUCAGACUGUGAAGGCAUUAGGAGGCAAAGAUGUAAAUCUUGUGAGAUACCAAGACGACAAGAGUCAGUUUCAGUUUUGGAUUCGUGAUAAAGCAAAAGCACGUAUAAAAUGCAUUAAACCGACGUGUUCCCAACGUAUCCACGAAAACGAUAUCAAUGCUGUCUUGGACGAAGAGGAAGAUGGAUUGAACCUCUUCAUGCCGCUGGAUCAUCGUCAAUGGUUGCAAUACUACCAUAACAAGGAUGUCAUCUACUAUGCACUAGGCGGGAACAAGUAUGUGAAGCAGUGCCCACUGUGCAAGUCGAUGUACGUUGAAAAAGAAGGCUGCAGCUAUGUAACGUGUGCAAAUCUUCGUUGUCGUACACGUUUCUGCUGGCAAUGCGGUGAUCCGAUAGAGAGCAUCAUGCAUUUCACUGGUACGGAUAGAUUUCUUGCUCAAGCAGUUAUGCUACUGCGCAACUGA